AUGAGGCCUUUAGCUCCAGACGGCUGCAACGACCUGGCUACCCAGGAGGAGACGACCCUCUUGGACGAGGACGUGGAGGUCUCAGAUGUCAGGCCACCCGGACCUGGGCAACUGGUUCGAGUUCCUCUAUGUGCACAUCAUCGCCAGGUCUACCAAAGCGCCUCAGCUAAAAGGAAGUGUGGCGUGCUCACUUGUCACAAGGCUUCCAAAGGUGCACGGCGUGGUGUCCCACUUUGCUAUGAUCAUCUAUGUGAACAAGGAGGAACAGGUGCGAGAAAGGAUAGCCCACACCCCAAUGGGAUGUUGCAGGGAUUUCGUCGUCGCUUCACACGCAGAGCACAGAGCCGGAGCCGCAGUCCAGCGUUCGAAUGUCAGCAAGCUAGCGUGCCCCCAGCUGCAGCAGAAGAAGGACCAUCACAACAUGCUAAGAAGGAGAGUGGCAUGGCACCAGCCCGGUCAAGCUCAGUGGACUUGGGGAAGGUGAUGAUUCCAUCACCACCACGAGGUGGCUUGGAGCAGGAGGACGUCAUGGGCAAGCCUGUUUGGUUGAAGCUGAAGCUGAACUAUGUCAACGACCAGUCAGACUGGAUCAUGUGCAUGGGAGAGCUAUGCGGAUAUACACCAGGUGGAGUUCGUGGAGAUCGAAAGCUAGAGGUCUUCGUGAAGUACCUGGACAACACCUUGGUCAUCGACCCAAAGUACCUCGAGGACAUGAUGGAUGCGAAGGGCAUUGAAGACUUGGAUGCAACGAGGGCGCAGCUCUUGGUGAAGGAGGUGCCACCCGAUGCAGAAUGCCUUGGACUGGACAUCAAGGGGUACCUGAUUCCAGAGAUCCUCAUGCAACGCCUCGCAGCUUGGGAGGGCCGCACUGUUGCAGGUGGGAGGCGCCUGAACGAUUCGCAGUUGAAGGAGGUGAAGAAGAACUUGGCAAGCCUGGUGAGGAAGCACAGUGCCGGCUAUGUUAAAGGGGAGCUUUGGCCUAGCUGGCCAGCGGAAGCCGAACUGGGAAUCGACAAGCAAGUUCGUGGGCGCGAUGAUGACCACCAAAGGGAGAAUCUGGCACCAAGAACCAGAUCGCGGAGCAGAAGCCAUAGCCUUGCCCGAGCGAUGAAAGAGGAGGACGAUCUCAGGAGCAAGCUGGACCGAGACACAGCGCUUGAUGGUGACACUGAGGAGAUGACAGGCGAGGGCAUCGUUGAGGCCUACCUGACCGCCGUCAACUCCGGGCAGACGCAAAAGGAGGCGAUCGACGCGAUCCAGAUGAUCUUUGAGGUGGACAUGCAGACCAUCGGCAGCACGAUGCGGACCUACAUCAGGAAGAACUGUGGCAAGCAGAACGAGCAGGUGGAGGUGGCCAUCAAGAUCCUUAAGGGGAUGAGCGAACAGCAGAGCGCAAGAAGCGCCAGAGAAGAUGGAGCUUACCAUGAAGCUCGUGCAGAACAACCGAAACCACAGGAGAAACGGAACCCUAGCACCCCGGACAAGCUCUUCCCGGCUCACUAUGGCGAGAAGAAGGAGGAAGGUAGCCUCAUCCGCCCCGCAGAGGAGACCGGCAAGUACAAUCCACUGACAGCCAAUGACAGCAUCGUGGGGCAGCUAUUCGGCAUGGGUGGCAGGGUUGAGGAAGUGUCAACACGAGCCGGAGCUGGAGGCGACGAAGAGGAGACCCACAUGAGCGCUCGAGUGGUACAUGCACUCGAAGGAAUCCGGAAAGCCACGGAGGGCGACAAGAAGGGCAACCCCGGCACUCGGAGUGCCAUCGGGUCAGAAGAGAGCCUUGACGUCUAUUUGGCCCGAGGUUGCAACACCUUGACUGUGGAGGUAUGCCCCGACGUCACCGGCAAGGAGCUCUUCGACGCCUUGAAAAGAGCGAGGAAUGAGAUCAAGAUGAUCGGCUCAGUCAUCGGCCUGGAGCACAAGAAGGAGCGCAUCAAGGCCCUUGAGCAGAUCGAGAAGGCCCACGAGCAGGAUUCGGACGUCUGGCCUGAGAGCUAUUGCUACAGCUUGUGGGAGGAGCUUAAGGCAGCGUGGGUGGAGGAGCUUCGCGAGAGUCGAAGACAACUCUGCAGGAUCCUGAACACCGACAAUCCCCGCAAGGAGGACCUGAAGUUCGUCGCCUUGGCACCAGACAGCGGCUUCCAUUUCCCAAGGACCUUUGACCUAGCACAUCCUGAAGGCUAUUACCAGCAGGUAUGCGUGCCUAGACAGGCGCGGGCGCUGAAGGGCAUCAUCUAUGGCCAGCUGCACCACAAACGCCAAGCACCAAAAGUCGGAGGAGAUCAUGCCCCGGGUGAAGGAGAACCUCAUGGCGGAGAAGCUGGCGGAGAGGAAGAUCGCGUUGGUCGAGGCCGCGAGCGUGGCAACGACAAGAACGACAAGAAGAAGCGGGAGAAGGAGAAGGACGAGAGGAAGGCAUAUCCAGCUGAGAAGAGGAUCCUUGAGGAGCUGGAGAAAGGCGGUGCAUUUGCGAGGCUCGCUGGCUGGUCAAGUUACCUUCAAUCUCAUGUAAGAGGUCGGAUGCUCAACGCCAUCAUCGAGAAGCAGGAGAUGACAAUUGACGAGGUGCUCCUGGAAGCGACCGAGAAGGGAUGCCCUGAGUUAGCCCAGGAGGCGGAGAAGGUCUUGGGAGAAGAGCGAUCCGUUGGCUGGGUAGACGAGGAGCGCCAAGCAUGGGUCAGCCCCACAGUCUGGCACAAAGAAAAGGGGUACGGCGAAGGCAAGUUCGAGUUCCAAUGCGGACCAGAAAGGCGCUGCUGGCGCUAUCUGGACUACAAAGACCGGCUACCAGUACCUGAUGAGCUAGCAAGUGCACUUGGUUUGCAGCCUGGAGAUGAAGAGGAACGACAAUGUCUGGUGCUACAUCCCGCAGCUGGCAUCCUGCUUUGGGGAGGAGAUUGGGACCCGGAGCGCGUGCCAUCGCUGGAGGAGGUGAGGCUGAAGGCACAAUCUUUCCGGGCUGGACUAUGGGAUGAAGCGGCUAAAGCCAUCGGUGAGCUUGGAGACCCAGCACCCUGGAUAGGAGCACGCGAGGCGGAGGUCCGAGGCAGUGAGAACAACAUCAUUCCCUUCCUGAUCCAUGGGGGCCACAUUAGACUGCUCGUGCCCAUCGAGAAGGAGGAGCCGGUGAAGGUGGCGGCGGAGCUGACUCUGAGUGGACAAUCCGACCGUGAAUGGCCUUGUGAGGGCUGGCGGGAGUUUCUCGCAAAUGAAGAUCCGGCAGCGCCUCUUGUACCUGGCAAGAGACCCAAAUGCCCUCGUUGUCAAGACAACAACCCAAAACAGGGAAAGGCAGCGCCUCAAGUCCCGUGGAGCUUCAAUGAACACCCAGUCGACACGCAGGAGCUGAUUCUGAUGGGGGCACACUCCCCAUUGAAGCACAGGCCCGCUUUCGCAUAUGGCAUCAGGGUGCAGGAGGUCUUUGCAGGCUCUGGAUCUUGGACCAAAGCUAUGAAGGAAGCAGGACUGGCCGCCAACGAGCCCAUCGAGCUCUUCAGUGACCCCCUACAGAAGAAAGGACGUCGCGAGCAGUUCGAUCUCAAGGACGAGAAAGUGGCAAACUUCUACCUGCAGGCGACGAUGGAGCUCCCAGGACCAUCAGCAGCAAACGUUUGGGAAUUUGGAACCCCUUGCACCAGUUAUUGCGACUUCAACAUCCUCAACGGGGGAACUCGAAGCUUCAGUUCACCCGAAGGAGGUCCGCACCCCACGGCAAGCGAGCAAGAGGGCAACUACUUCUGUGACCUCACCUGCCGGAUGCGCGAGUCACUUUACCACCACGACAAGGAGUUCAUCCUGGAGUCUUCGAUGCCAUCCGGAAGAUACCCAAAAAUUUGGGAUCAGCCUGCCAUUCAGCGCUUGCAGCAAUCUACAGGAGCACUCAUCGUGCCGACCCACUUGUGCGAAUGGGGCUCAGCGCCGACUGACCGGCCGGAGAUGAGGUAUAAGAAGGGUCAGUGGAACCUUGUGUCCCCUGGCUUGUACCUGCAUGCACUGCUCCUUUCCCGUCGUUGCCAAGGGCAACACAGACACAUGGACGUGAAAGGUGAGUCUGACCUACCUGGAGUUCCCCGCACUCGAAGAGCACAGGUGUAUCCAGCGAGACUAUGCAAAGGUUGGGCAUUGGUGGUGCAAGCGGCUUAUGCAGGAUGGGACACCAUUCAGGUGGCACAGGCACUGGAGGUGAUUCAGGAGAGUGAUGGCCGAGAAGGGGAGAUCCCACACAAAGCAGCAGGGGCAAAUAGACACCAACAUGCUGGACAGUCUGACCCCUCACAUCAAGCGGCUCCCUCACAUUCCACGGCAGCCUUCUCAUUUUCCGAACGAUGUGGAAGUGCAGAGAUCGAUGAGUUUCAGGAAGGGUUUGGUCUUCUUCGUGGACACCAUUGUGGCAGCAUCGGCGAGGGUGAGUUCAGCCAUGGCAUCCCUAUCCCGGAGGACCCACUGGAGCCUGAAGGUGAAGAAGAGGAAGAGGAGGGGGCCACCAGUGAUGAAGAUAGGCGUAUGAACCCUCGUGAUGAAGCCAGAGUCAUGGCACGGCUCGUUCCUAGAGAAGUCAGCCCAGGAGAUGUGGCGGAACCAGUACGCCCAUACGAAGGGAACAUCAACAUCUUCGGGCCACCACGACCACUCGAAGGGCUCGACGGACGCUCUGAGGAUUGGUGGGACCUUCAAGAGGACAACCUAUUCCUGGUACGCCACCACGUGAUGCCUCGCACCCACUUGUUUGGAUCGCACUAUGGCGACUGGACCGACUGCCCGGUUUCGGACCACCUCAUUAGGAGUGAUCGCAGGACAUGGAUGUACCCGCAGCGGAGGGAACUGUCGGAGAUCGCCCCGCACGAGAGAGUCUUCCUGGACAACUGGAGGGUGGACCUGGCGAGGCUUCGUGACAUCCCCGACUCGAUCGAUGCGGAGUACGCCGACUGGACUGGAGCAACCACCUUCUACCUGUACGAUCCUUUGAUCAGGCCAGAGCUUGGACCACACUUUGAGCGUGGACAAGAAGAAAGAGGCGAGACCGAUAGCCCGGCACCCGAACCUGAAAGUGAGCUGCGGCCUACAUAUCCGGAGGGAAGAGACUACCAACCAGUCUUUCACCCGCCCAGGGAAUUCCCAGUGCCAACGCGGGAGCAGGUUGCGGACGCGAGACGGUACUACCCUGGAGGAGGUGUUUGGGAUCCCUGGAAUGGAGGACGCAUUGAGGGUGAUGACGCAGAGCAGGCGGAGGAGCAGCCGGGCAGCUCAUCGGACCGGAGACGACGGUCAAGGUCGAGGUCAAGGGGACGCGGGCCAGAUGCUGAUGACGGAGCAGAAGAAAGACGGGUGGGUUACCUAUCAGCAUCCUGCAUUCUUGAGGCCGAAGAGACGGAGGGCAAUCGCUGGAUGAUGCGGGAGACCAUCGAGGACGAGUACCACGUGGGAGCGCCUGUCUACUCCGAGAAGGACCAGAGUGUCAAGGAGGAGGUUCUGGACAAGGCCCUUUGCUAUGUGCACCACUGCAGGGAGCACCCCAAGUACGAGCCCAAUGUGAUCAAGCAGGCCGUCGAAUUGGGCGAUGACCUGUUGAGGACCGCUGGGACACUCGAAGAAGCCAUGCGAGGUCUGAGGGCAGCAAGAAGGCAGGUGAUUGGGGUCCCAACGAUUGGUGCCACUUCCGAAGAGGUCCUGAGAUGCUUGGAAUCUGACCAUGCACAGUACCUUAAAGCGGCCAACAGGGAUGGAGACACCGCGGACUUCGGCAGUGCUCUGCCCGGUGAAUUGGUGGGAGUCGAGGGCAGGGUGAAGCUGGUUUACGGUGGCCUCCCUUUCGGUUGGUGUGGCGCCCCGGGAGAAUACAUGGCGUUCGCCCUCGCUGGUCGAGCCUACCAUGAGAGCUUUAAGCCGGAGAUGGAAGGCGUCAAUGGACCCACCCCGUUCUCUUCUGAGUGGCUAAUGGAUGACAGCGUGAUCGUGGAGCCUCUGAUGGGGGUGAGGCCGUGGCAAGCAGUUGACGCGUUGGGCCACUCCAUCGAGAAGAUCUGGGGCAAGGCGGCGUUGAACCUCGACAAGCAGAUUGAGGAGGGGACGCUGCCUGAACCGAAAGCCUUGAAGAUGCGUUACCUGUUGGCCUUGCCGGAACUGCAGUAUGGGGUGCGCCAGGUGCGGCUGAAGGUCGCUCAAGAGCUGCGCGGACUCAGUCAGUAUGCGGCAAUCACCAUACCCCCUUUGCGGACGGAGCUCGGCACCUUGGAUCUUUUCCUAUGUCCAAGCAAGUGCGUGGGGGGCUACAUCCAGCCGAAUGUCAAGGAUGAAAACGCCUCAGAGUCAGCGUGGCGCUGUUGGGAUGAGACGUUGGCGCUCCUACGGCUUUGGUUUGAGACCCCCUAUGAGGGCAGCUUCGAAUCGUCGAUGGAAAGCAUGCUGUCCACUCGUGAACUACUCGCUCUUCCAGGUAUGAGCAGCAGGCUUCGAUGGGUGGGUGGGGAUGCGACUCCAGACGUAGCAGGCGCACUUGACUGGAAGGGCAAGCGCUACAUGAGGGAGGAUGCCAAGGUGAUGCUCCAUGCAUUAGGUAGGGUGCCCGAGCUUGAGGAGGAGCCCAGCAUGAAAAUAGCACUUGCAGAGCUUCUUUGCUUCGUGGGGCUGGCCGCAGCAGAGAGCAGCUCUUGGCAUGGGGAGAUAAUCGCCUACGCCACGGACAACCAGAACGUCAGGUCGUGGUUGACCAAGCGGCAGUCUAGAUGCACGGUGGCACGGCACAUCCUCCGGGUCUUGGGAAUGCUCGAGGCGCAGGAGAAAUGGGAGUCCUACAUCGAGGAGUCCGUGAACGGCAACCGAGAUCAAUGUGAAGCAGCGAUUGAGGGCUCCAGCCUGAAGGGGACAGAAUGCCUACAGUCGGAGGAGGACCUCACUUGGGUUUUCGCCUCGAUUGCCGAAGAUAGCUGGGGGGGAACGCGUUCCUAUGUCAGACAGUUUGUCAAGGAGCAUCGUCCCUCGAAUGCGCUGAUCGACCUGGCGAGGGAAGGCCCAGUUCGUGAAAUGCAGGCGGACUUUAAGAAGCUCGGCUAUGUGGUGAAUGUCAACGAGUACCUGACCACCCACUUUGGGGAUCCCGUGGCCAAGCGCAAGUUCGUCCUGGUUGCUCAUCGAGGCUCACUGGCCAAUGAUGCGACCUUCCCGGAUGAAGCUCCUCGGAGCGCCGCAGAACCUGCGAGCAUCAAGCGCGCCCUGGACUCGGCAGCUGGAGCGGUGAGGCAGGAAUGGUUGGCCAGCGACGUUGAGGUGACGCUGAACAACAAGAUUUCUACUUCUGGGGACCGCAUGCUGCCAUGGCCUGCUGGCCAUUACAAGGAAGGGGACAAGAAAGAGCUCCCCUACGACAUCCGGGGCCCCGCAUUAACUUGCAGGAAAGGGAGGUCUAUGGUUGUCCUUGACCAUCGUGGUGAGGCGGUCCAGGCGCGAGCAAUCAGUGCAGAAGAGGAAUGGCUCCUGAAUGGUGGGCGCCUUGAGGAGCUGCAUCUGCUUCGCGAAGCCGGAGCAAAGGUGAACUUCUUCAAGAAGGACGCAGCCAUGAAGUUUCCGCAGCAAAGCGCCCAUCACCUACUGUCCUGGUACGAACGCUGGCGCCAGGGAAUCAGUGAGGGACCUGAGGCUGGAGGGAGAGUUGGAGUUUGUCGCGACCCUGAUCGAGUCCAUGCUGACGAACAAGUGCGUGCUUGGAUGCGAGCUUGGCAGGGAGACAACCACAACCCCAGGGCCAACUACGAGAGAUGGCUUGCUGCCAAGAAGGCCGACUUAGAGGGUGACCAGAAGGUCGGAGGGAGGAGACAAACCACCAAGAGGGCGAAGUCAGGGCCUCCGGACCGAUUGGUCCUCCCAAGCGCGAUUGGUCGUGGUCGAGAACGCCUACAGCUUGAUGCUAAUCGUGAGCUAAGGCGAGAUCAAGCAUGGCUCGACGCCUUGGCUGCGGAGGCGGUGAUGUCCAAGCUCUCGGAGGGCACGCGGGCUGGCUACGAGGUUGGCUGGAAGCAAUGGUGCUUGUGGCGCCGGAUGGGAAGAAAGGAUGUGUACCUCACCGGCGAGAGCAAAGAGGACCGCAAGAUCGAUGAAGAUGAACUCCUUCGAUUCAUGACCUACUUGGCGCACGUCAUGGGCAGGACUGAGGGGACCAUCAAGCAGAGGCUGUUCGCCAUUAAGAUGGGCCAUCUGGUGGCAGGGCAUGAAGAUCCCACAUUGCACAAGGUGCGGAUCUGGGCAGCUCUCAACGGCUACAAGCGGUGGCAGCCUGAGACAAAGCGGAAGUACCCAGUACUGCCGGCUAUGCUGCUGUGGAUCAAAAAGCAUUUGAGUACCAGCGAGGCCCUGAGCAGAGUUGACCAGGCGAUCCUUUGGGCUGCGAUUAUGGUGGGAUUCUUCUUCUUGCUGCGAGCCUCGGAGUUCUUGGUCACUAUGGGGCGAUCAUGGGGGACCUCGAGGACCUUGAAGGGCAAUGACAUCGAGGCACGAAGGGACAACCUGCAGGUCAUGAACUUCCACCAGGCGGAGGAGAUCGUGAUCUACCUCAAGGGCUCCCAGACGGACCAGUACAAUCAGGGCACUGUCCGCAACCAGUUCAGAAGCGGCGACGAGCUCUGUGUGGUGACCGCGUUGGCCAACUACCAGGCUAUGAAACCUGAACGUUUUGCAGGUGCUGAAGCAGAUCAGCCCUUGUUCAGAUUGGAGAAUGGAAAACCCUUGCAGAGGACCGACAUCCAGGGCCUGAUACAGUUGGCAGCGGUUGCAGAUGGUCAAUCUACGACGAGGUAUGGUUCGCACAGCUUGCGCAUUGGUGGCGCCACAGCCAUGUACCAGACCACCAAGGACCUGGACAUCGUGAAACGUUUUGGCAGAUGGAACUCCGACGCCUUCCACGGCUAUCUGUGGGAGUCGCACGAGCGCCAGAAGGAUCUGGCAAAAGGCAUGGCCAAAGCGGAUGGCCAACUACUUGCCCCGGAAGAACAAGGGGUUUGA